AACCAACCAACCAAGAGCGGCUCCGCGGUUAGACCGAGAAGGGUCUAAACAACGGGACCGGGGGCUGAAAGCCCUUUGGCGCAGGCGCUGCAGGCCUUGAGUGGGGACGGGGGUUCUUCAACUCGACGGAAGGAGCAGGCUUGCUCCUCUGCAGUUUGCCUACAACGAUGCAUCGCAGCUCCAGUACCAGCCGCCUCAGCUGCCGGCAGUCCAUCCAUCCUCUCAGGGUGCAGGAUACCAACAAGGCAGUGCCCAAUACUCCUCUAACACAAGAGAGGAGGACAACCUUUGGAAAGCUGAGUGUGGGGAAACGUGGAUCAGUGACAUCGGAAAGGAAAACCAGUUUCUUUGGCAAAAGGACCAGUGGCCCUGGAAGCUUACGAAGCAGCCAGUAUGGGGCAUUCGGGAAUAUGGAAAAGAUCAAGGAACCUAGGCCACUUCAUGAUAAAGCAUACGUCCAGCAAUGUAUCCGACAACUCUACGAAUUUCUUACUACAUAUGGAUAUGGUCCUACCGUCUCUGUGAAGUCACUCCAGGCUCCAUCUACUAAGGACUUUGUGAAAAUCUUCACUUUUAUUUAUGGGCAAUUUUGCCCUUCUUAUGAGCUUCCGAGUUCUAAGUUUGAAGAAGAAAUUCCAAGAAAUUUUAAAGAGCUUGGAUACCCCUUUGCAUUGUCAAAAAGUGCUAUGUGCACAGUGGGAGCACCGCAUACGUGGCCUCAGAUUGUAGGAGCUCUGGUCUGGCUGACAGAUUGUGUCAAGCUGUCUUUUUAUUUAAAAGAAAACAUGCCAUCAUUUGAUGAAGGGCAGACCUUGGAAGGAGAGACUGAAGAUGGAAUUAUACAUAACAAACUUUUUCUAGACUACACUAUAAAAUGUUAUGACCACUUUAUGAGGGGUGGAGACAGCUUUGAAGAAUUCGAUGCUGAAAUAUACUCCAAAUUAAAGGAUCUGUUUAAGAUAAAUGAACAUCAUUUGGAGGCGUUUGAAGCAGAACUAAAAAAGCUGAAUGAGGAGAUUGCAAAGCGUGAGAAGGAGAGAGAAAGUGAACCAGACCGUUUAGGGAAUCUACGGAAACUGAAAUCAUCUUUAAAGGCAGAUGUUCAGAAAUAUAAUGCUUACAUGGCCAACCUGGAAUCUCGCUCAAAUGCGUUCAGUCAAAAAUCAAAGAGUAUUACGGAGGAGUUGGAGGCUGGUGCCAUGGAAAUGGAAGCCCUGAAACAAGAGAAUGCUCAACUGAAGUACAUUUGUGAUAAUCAGAAGCACUCAGUUGCAGAUAUUGAGAGGCUAAAGAGUGAAAUAGAGGAGUUGCUGCAGACAGUCAAUAAAAAAACCAAGGAACUGGAGACAGAGCAACAUCACUUGUGGAACGAGGAAUUAAAAUACGCUAGAGGAAAAGAAGAGAUUGAAGCCCAAUUGGCAGAGUUCCAUAGAGGGGCUCGAAAGCUGAAACUAAUACCUAUAAAUUCAGAGAACUCCGGCGGCCUUGAUUUUGAGAUUAAGUUUAAGCCAGAUUCAGGGCCAAACUGUCUGGUCAAAUACAGAGAACAAAUUCAUGUCCCACUUAAGCACCUCAUAAGCAACACUGAAGACGAAAUUGAAAGUGCAAUAAAGAGAAAAAUUGGUCUAGAAGAGGCCUUAGAACAGGGAAGCACAAUGGUAGCAGAGCAGAACAGCACUCUGAAAAUGCUAAGAGAAGAAGGCCAAAAAAUGGAAGAUCAUUAUCAACAAAUAAUGAAGAAAACUGAAGAAGAGGAAGAAAAAGGUAUCCAAGAGCUGGAAUCGUUGGAAAAACAUAAAUAUUUGCUUGAGGGUGGAGUCAAUGAAGGUGUCAGUGAAGCUAAGAAAGAGCUACAAGAACUCGAAUGCCAAUACCAAGUGGUUAUGAAAACAACAUCGGAAGAGAAACGGAGAGUGCAUAAAAAUCUACAACUCUGUCUGGAACUGACAUCUAGCCAUCUUGUGUCUGUAAAGACCUACCUGACUGAGCAAAAUGCAAAAGUUGAUAGGGCAUUUGGUAAACUGAUGUCUGAAGAUCCAUUGGCAAACUUGAAAGAAAUCCUAAAUAGUUACAAAAAGAAAGUCGAGGCUUUGUAUGCUUCAGAAAAAUAAGCGUGAAAACCUAUUUGAAUCUUUUACAAAUAACAUUAUCCUAUGCGUAACUUUACUUUAUUUCCAUAUAUUCCAAUUUAGCAUGUAAGUAUUUUAAAGAUGAAAAAGUUUUUUUUAAAAAAAAAAAGCUGUGUUGAUCCGGUACUGUGUUGUCACAUGCUGUUAAUAUCCCUCACUUCGUUUAAUGUCCUUACUUGAAUGGGACUUAGCAUCAUGGAUAGGCACACACACUACACCUUUUCUAAGAUGCUAUCUGUCUCAUUCACUUUUUGUAAAUUGUUGCAGCCCUUC